GCUGGGUAUAGCGGUUCUUAAAUUUAGAAAUUGCAUCACAGUUUACCCUGGAAGCCAAAUUUAUUUUGAGUCUCAAAAAAUUUUGUCCCUUCCCUUCUCUUUCGUAGGAAACAUGACUUUCAUUCGUGCUCUUGCUUCGGGUUCUCGCAACGCCCUUCGUACCCAGAAGGUUAAUGCUGCUACUAUUACUCAAACUGCCAUGAAGGCUACUUCCUUCAAGGCUCGUAACUACGCUACUGAAGCUACCUCUGCUGGUAAAAUUCGUUCUGUUAUUGGUGCCGUUGUCGAUGUCCAAUUCGAACAAGAAAACUUGCCCGCCAUUUUGAAUGCCCUUGAAGUUCAAGAUCACGCUGGUGGACGUCUUGUUCUUGAAGUUGCUCAACACUUGGGUGAAAACACUGUCCGUACUAUUGCUAUGGAUGGUACCGAAGGUCUUGUCCGUGGUCAAAAGGUUAUCGACACUGGUGCUCCCAUUACCAUUCCUGUUGGUAAGGAAGUCCUCGGUCGUAUCAUCAACGUUAUUGGUGAACCCAUUGAUGAGCGUGGUCCCAUCAACUCCAAGGCUCAACGUCCCAUUCACGCUGAUGCUCCCGAAUUCGUUGACCAAUCCCCCACUCCCGAAAUUCUUGAAACUGGUAUCAAAGUCGUCGACUUGUUGGCUCCUUAUGCUCGUGGUGGUAAGAUUGGUCUUUUCGGUGGUGCUGGUGUCGGUAAGACUGUGUUGAUUCAAGAGUUGAUCAACAACAUCGCCAAGGCUCACGGUGGUUACUCCAUCUUCUGUGGUGUCGGUGAACGUACUCGUGAAGGUAACGAUCUUUACCACGAAAUGAUCCAAACUGGUGUCAUCAAGCUCGAUGGUGACUCCAAGUGUGCUCUUGUCUUUGGUCAAAUGAACGAACCCCCUGGAGCUCGUGCCCGUGUUGCCUUGACUGGUUUGACCAUUGCUGAAUACUUCCGUGACGAAGAAGGUCAAGAUGUGUUGCUCUUCAUUGAUAACAUUUUCCGUUUCACUCAAGCUGGUUCUGAAGUAUCUGCCCUUUUGGGUCGUAUCCCCUCUGCUGUCGGUUACCAACCCACUCUUUCUACUGAUAUGGGUGGUAUGCAAGAACGUAUUACAACUACCAAGAACGGUUCCAUUACCUCCGUCCAAGCCGUCUACGUCCCUGCUGAUGACUUGACCGAUCCUGCUCCUGCUACCACUUUCGCUCACUUGGACGCCACCACUGUCUUGUCUCGUUCCAUUGCCGAAUUGGGUAUCUACCCUGCCGUCGAUCCUCUUGAUUCCAAGUCUCGUAUCUUGGAUCCUCGUAUUGUCGGUGAAGAACACUACAAGGUUGCCACUGAAGUUCAACAAAUCCUUCAAAACUACAAGUCUCUUCAAGAUAUCAUUGCCAUUUUGGGUAUGGAUGAAUUGUCUGAAGAAGAUAAGCUCGUUGUCGAGCGUGCUCGUAAGAUUCAACGUUUCUUGUCUCAACCUUUCGCUGUUGCCCAAGUCUUCACUGGUUACGAAGGUCGUCUUGUCAAGCUCCAAGAUACCAUUCGUUCCUUCAAGGAAAUCUUGGCUGGUAAGCACGAUAACUUGCCUGAAAACGCUUUCUAUAUGCAAGGUGAUAUCAAUGAUGUUCAAAAGCGUGCUGAAGAACUCGCCAAGGAAUUGGCUAACCAGUAAAUUCAUACAAGCAAAAGUGCCCCAUUUACAGACAAUUUUAAUAUGAAGGAAGAUGAUACGCAUAUAAAAGCAUGAUAAAAAACUUGAAAAUAAAACAGGAAGGAAUUCUUUCGCCCCCUUAAAACUUACUGCUCGACAAUUCUAACAUAGAAAAAGUGAUGACUUUACUACGGCUACAUGGAUGACGUUAAUGUCGUACAUAUAACAAAACCAGUUCGUGGCUUUUUUUAAGUUGUUUAUUAUUGUUGAAUUGUGGUUUCUUUUCCUUUUUUUUUUUUUUU